UGUACGCGACCUGAACAGGCGCGAUUAGCCAAUUUUCACGAAAAAGAUAUCGACGGUAAAAUGGCGAACUUGGUUCCGCCUCCGAUUGACGAUCUUCCGGAUGAGAUGCUGAGGAAAAUUUUCUCCUAUUUGUGGUUCAAGGAGCUCACGACUGUAGCUACCAUUUGUCACCGGUGGUAUAUUGUAACUGAGAGUCUUAUAAUCCAGAAAGCUCAGGUAGUGGUUGACCUUCGUGAAGAUACUGAAAAAGAAUUGUAUUAUACACUUCUACAGUCCAGUCUGCGACCAUUGAAACAAUUGCUUUUGUAUCCUCCAAAUGGGUCGUUUUUCCGUUUUGAAAUCGAUGACCGCGACAAACUGAUCUGCGGCAUAUUGGGCAAACUUGGCGCUCCAUUAGAAACGUUUAUCCUGCGAUUCAAUCCGUUAGAUGAAAAUCCAUACGCUAGACUGGAGCUUUUCAGUAGUGUUGCGAGAUUUUGCCCCAAACUGCAGGUACUUCGUUUGGAAGGAACUUAUUUUUUUGGAACCUAUUCGGGAAUUUAUCACGUAUUUCCAUUGCUUCAAGAAUUGCAUGCAAACAGCAGUCUGCUGGAAUGUGGAAAUUUCAACCUGAAAACCAUUGCACCCAACAUGACUCGAUUACAUGUGAAUAACCGUUUCGCAACUAUUAAAACUCUGUCAUAUUAUCCAUCGCAGCUCACGGAGUUGAGCAUUGAUUGCGAAAAUGGUGCAACUGUCGGACAGCUUGGAAUGCUGUUCUUCCCACGACUGAAGAAAUUUCGCGUACGAUUCUUAGACCGGGUUAACAAUGUAGACGGUUACAACAGUUUUCUGAGGAAGCACGACGCACUUGAGGAAGUUGCACUUGCAUACAAUAUUGAUGUGGUUGUGUUGGACAGUUUGCAGUCGUCUCGAAAAACAUUAAAACGACUGUCAUUCGAAACGCCAUCACUUACCGUUGAAUUGUUUACACGGGUGAGCAGCUUUGAAUGUCUGGAGAUGCUGCAGGUGGCAAACGCCGAAAUCAAUUUUUCAGAAUUUUUCUUCAAUCGGGCAGUAGUACCCGCAAUAAAAACGUCUAUUCGUCUAUUGAAUUUGCGUAUGGUGAAUAUUGUGAAUCAUGAGCUGUUUAGCAUUUUCGUACGUCACUCGUUCCCUGCACUGAAAACUUUGGAACUAAUUCAACUUUCAUUCAAUUUAACGAACUGUGAAAUUCGUUCAUGUUAUCAACGCAUGCUGUGCCAUUUGGUGCCACUUGAACGAUUAACGCUAUGCAGUCCGUUCAUUCAUAUCGAUGCUAUGAUCAGUCGUGAUAUGCUCUCUUGUUUAAGUACCCUAACGAGUCUUAGGGAGCUACGAUUUUCGCUUGGUUGUCCGAAGAUACCUUCCUACCUUGAUUCAGACAUCACCGUACCUGGGAUACAAAAAAUGGUUGUGAAAGGGAAAAACAAGAAUAUACUGCCUAAGCUGAUCAAGGCGUUUCCCGGGCUUCGUCGUUUGGAAACUUCACGCGAAAGCAAUUUUUUAUGUUUGGACGAAUCAACACAUCAUUGUGAGAUUGUCAGCAAGCGUGAUAUCAUUUUCGAAAUUUUUCCGACCAAUUUUCCUGCGUUGUGCACGUGGUAGUACGUUUGUUAUUUGCUAGAAUA